GUAUGUCAGAUAUUCAGUUCCGUCGGAUCUUGCUCGCCUCACUGCUCUUAUCCAUGCUAUUGAUGUUUACGGACUCAACGAUGCUAACAACACAUCAGAGUUGGCGGAGUUGUCCAGUGCUGUAGACUCAAUGAAGAAAAUGAUGGAGAGCGAUCCGACAUGGAUUGAUCGUCGGGUCGACAAUGAGGAAGGUCGCGAGGUUGUUUCUGAUGAUCUAGAAGUUUCCGGAAAGAAAAAUCUGCUGGAGACGGCUGAGGAGAGGCGACAAGCAGCUGAGCAGUUUGGAUUACUUCCUCCGGAAGAAAAUGAAAGUGAAAUUGCUGACGAACCAUCCGAGUUUCCACUACUUCCUCCGGAUUCCUCUGACGAGGAUUAG